AUGUCCGGUGAAGAUCAGUCUCUCAUGGACCGCGUCGAGAUGCCCAACAUCCCCAAGGAUGCUCAGAAGAAGAUCUCCCACCUCCAGGAGGAGUUCAUUCGUGCUGAGGUUGAGCAGCCGCCCCCCGCUGAGAUCGACGAGUUCAUCCUGCCCACCGAUGCCGCCGUCCUCGGCGCUGCCCUGAAGAACAUGACCGUCGAGCGCUUCGAGGUCGAUGCCCAGGGUAACGGCGAGCCCCGCUCUCUGCGUUUCAUCUUCGACUUCCAGACCGGUGAAGAGAACCCUUUCUUCGAGAACUCCCAGCUCGUCAAGGAGUUCUACUGGCGCAAGCAGAUCAUCCGUACCUCCAAGGGUAAGCGCCGCACCUGGGAGGGUCUCGUCUCCGACCCCGUCCGCAUCAACUGGAAGAAGGACAUGGAUCUGACCAAGGGUCUCCUCGAUGCUACCUGCAACCUGUUCGAUGCUGAGAAGAAGAAGGGUGGUGACCGCAAGAAGCUGCCCGAGUUCGAGGCUCUCGUCAAGAAGAUUGCCGAGGUUGAGGCUGAGGAGGAUGAUGAGGAGAUGGAGGAGGAUGACGAGGAUGAGGACCCCGAGAGCCCUGCCGGCACCAGCUUCUUCGCUUUCUUCGGUUACCGUGGUCGUGACGUCUCCGCCGAUGUGUCCAAGAUGGCCAACAAGGAGGACGAUGAGCGUUAUGCCAAGAUCCUCAAGGGCGAGGAUGUUGAGGGUGACGAUGACUCCGAUGAUGAGGAUGAUGAGGAGGAGAUGGAUGAGCUCGCUGAUGACCUCGAGGAUGCUGAGAUCUUCCCCAGCGGUGAGGAGCUCGCUAUCUCCCUUGCCGAGGACCUCUGGACCGACGCCAUGAAGUACUAUGUUGCCUCUUUCGAUCUGGCCGAUGAGCUUGAUAUGAGUGACAUCGACAUGGAAGAGCUUGAUGCCAUGGAUGAGGAGGAGGACUCUGGUGAGGGCGAGUCGCGCCCCUCCAAGAAGGCCCGCAACUAA